AUGAUGUUCACCACGAAAGUGCAAGCAGCAGCAACAGUUGAUGAAUCAGCAGAAACAAUCGCAGAUGAACCUGUCAAUGCCACCUUCCACCUAUCCCUCUCUGGUCUCUCAACAAAUCAGGAUGACAGACAAGGGGAAGAUUCCUUUCUUGCUGACAACUCGCAUGUUGUUCCUGAUGCCAUCCAAGAGAAUUCGAUUCGAGAUAAGACCAUUGAUGACAUUACUCACGCAGAUGAUGUGGAGCCUGAGUAUGAAGUUGUAGAAAGUGGAACCAAAAGGGGAAAACGAAAACUGGUGGACAAAAGGGGUUUUGAAUACACCAUCAAGAAGCAAAAGGGAGAGGAUUGUAUUUAUUGGCGAUGCAGCAAACGGGGAAAGGACCAACCAUGUCCAGCCACUGUUAUUCAACGUGGAAACAACUUCCAAGAGGGCCUCAGGAACCAUGUCCACCCUGCCGAGCCAGGUGUAGAUUUGGCAGUGAAGUUGAAGACUGAGGUGAAAAGAAAUGCGACCCAGAACAUAUUUACACAGUCGGCUCCACGAGUAGUAGAGGUAGCAUUGUCAACCGCGAAUAUUAAGGCUCCGCCAGCCAGUCGGCCAAAGCCUGCCAAUAUGACUCGAAUGGCAAACCGUGUUCGAAGAAAUUUAAGGCCACAAGACCCUCAAGAUUUGGAUUUUAUAUUUGUUAUGUGGGGAGACCCAGUAAAUGCAUGGGUGAAAUUUUACAAGAAAUCGAUCCCACCAAGGCGAAACAGUUACUUCACAUGCAUGACAGGUGUAUAA